UCUCAGUGAAUAAUCAGAGUAAUGGUAAGUAGCAUGUAAACGGCAUUGAAGAGGUGUGCCCAAUCAUGUAAACAUCAUAAUCGGAGUAUUCCUUGUACAUUCUUAUAUUUGAAUUCUUCGUGCAUAUCACCACCUACUGGGUAAGGAGGAGAAUUGAUAGUAAAACAGAACUUGAUUAUUGAUCUGUGAAGAUGUGAACACUUUUACAAGUAGGAAUAUCAUAAUUACUGCAAUUCCAACAUGAUGGGAACGCACCAUUUUCAGACUUCGAACAAUCUGAAAUCACAAUUUAGAAUUGGAAUGUUUUUCCAUUUAUAUUUUCUGAAUGACAAUCUCAGCAAGCCAGGGAUUCCUCUGUUUCAGAAAUAGUGGACAUGACAGUUAAUCAUAGUGCAGGAAUGCAGCAUGCAGGGCUUACUGCAUGUGCUGUGCUACACACACACCAGUAAAGACAACCUGCAAAAAGAAAGAAACUGUCAUACUAUAAUGAUUUUAUUGUUUACUAUUCACACAGCGCACACACAUACAGCUGUGAACUGUGUACAGCUCUGUCUGUCAAAAGCACAAAUCCUGAAUGGAGCCUAAUUUACUGAGCUGCUUUUCAAUAGAGCCCUAUUAUGCAUGGCAUGCAGGCACCAUACUAGCAGGAGACUCCCUUUUUGGAUUCUGUGUGUGUAUUCUGUGAGGUGAAUGAUCGGUUAAACAGAAAAUUUUUGUGUUGCCAUGGCAGCAUAAUGAUAUGAUAAUUCAGGGAGGCCUUUGUCAUGCCUCGUGUCUCAAACACACACAGAGGACUUGGGAAAAGAGUAGCAAUGACGUCUUUAUUUGGUCAGAUACGAGUGUAAAUGCCGUUCUGAAAUUACUUUGUGUUUAUAUCUAGCACAUUUUUCCAUUUCAAAAUCCUUGGAAUGACAUGUAACAUCUGACCUGACACUACACACACACUCCCCCCUCUUGAGUGUGUGUACAUAUAUGUAUAUCUUCACCAGUGAGGAUGUCAUAGAUGUGUAUGGAAUGUAUUUGGGACACAUGGACAACAGAUAAAAAAACACAUACACAUGCACCCGCAAUGAUUUACGCAGAGCUGACAGAGUAGAAACACUGUCUUCCUGUGGAGAGAAACAGACUCGAGUGUGUGUGUGUGCGUGUAGUAGGGUUGUAACGGUUCAAAUUUCUCACGGUUCGGUUUGUAUCGUGGUUUUAGGGUAACGAUUUCGGUACGGUUUGCUAAUUGUUAUGUUCAAGAGAAAAAAAAGUAUUACAGCCAAGUCCAAAGUAAAAAUAUUCUAUUUGGAAACAGACACUUCAAGAGAUUUGCCCUCACUACAAAUCACCAUGGUUUUACUAAAAUAACCAUAGUUUAAACAUUGUAUUUGUAGUAAAAUCAUAGUAACCACAAAAUUAACAUGGUUACAGUACUGUAGUAAAAUCAAGGUUACUAUAUAGAAACUACAGUAUGACUGUUGUAAAGCAAUGGAUAAUUGUAUCAAAACUAUUAUUUCUGCCAAGAAAACAAUGGUGAAAGUAGUCAUUGUUCAGUCAUGGCUACUACAAUAUUACUAUAGUAAAACCAUGGUUACUAUAUGGCUAUCAAUAUUACUAUCAUAAAACCAUGGUUAUUUUUCGUUAGGGUCCUUAACUAAAAAAAAAAAAAAAACCCUGUAAUUACUAACUCGUCAUUUUAACUUAAUACCUGCAUUAUUACGCUACAUGCAUCAAUAUAAAGUGCAUUUCAAACUCAACGUAUGUUCAACGUUCAGAAUCUGUACAUCACUAUUGAAGAAAUUAACUUGCUAUUAAAAUGAAAACGAGAAUGGAUGUUGUAAUGCGACUCGUGUAUUUUAAUCAUAUGCAGAAAUUCCACAUCUUCAUCAACAGAGUAAGGGCAACAUAACUUUUGGCUAUGAACACCCCAAGUGCUUUAGUUCUUGUUUCAUGUCUGUCUGAACUAGCACUGAGUGCCUGCUUAAAGAUGGAAGGGAGUGUGUCUGUGUGCACCUUCGGCUCUGUGUGCACCUUCGGCUCUGUGUGCACCGCGCACUAUGUAUCCUCAGGUAAUGUCAGUGUAAAUAGCUUAUCAAAUAUCGAUGUAUUACCAGUAUACGGCACUCGCGUUGAGCAAUGUCUGCAAACAGUGCCUGUUUUGUAAACAUUUUUUGACCAUCGCUGCUGUAAUUGACUGCAUAAAGAAAAAGUUCCCAGACAGGAGACUUAAAUGAGGCAGGGGCUUCCCUCUUGCAGCUUGUUUUUCCGCUUGCCAUUUUACCAACUAACGCGUGCAGAAUUGUGAUGUCAUCAACUGAUUUAACAUACUAACUGUUAAUAGGGCAGCGUCUCUCUGUAGAAAGUUGACCCACGUGAAACACAGGUGGUCCAUCUACAGAGCUAAACAGGUGCAUUAGCAGAGGCUACAACUGCACAUGUCUAUUUGGUGCUUUUUCUUCACCAAACUGUAUGAUCCAGAUGCGUUAUUAAACUAGAGAUGAACCGCGGAGCAAAUGCUUACCAAACUGUGGUUGGCGAACUAUACGGUUCGUUUUUUUUCUUUGUUUUUUUUUUUUACAGAGAACCGUUACACCCCUAGUAUGUAGUGUUUACUUCAGCAGGCACAGGUUGAAAUUGUUUUCUUAACCCAAGGAUGAGAGAAUAUCCACCAACCACAAUACACGCACACAUGUGUUUGUGUCCCCAUUAGCAGAACACACCUGUUUUAGAGAAAAUGUUUUCUUCUCCCUCUGAGUUAGAUUCUGUUGACAGACAGCAGGACUGUCAGUAAAGUUUUGAUGUUUCCUCUCAUAAGACCAUAAUCUACCAUCUCUCUGAAAGCACAACCCUUUUUCACACAAUGUUUUACAACCCAACAUGAUCCCCAUCACAUGAGCAAUGGGAAUGUAAACACUGGAUAUUUUCCUAAACCAUUACAGUCUGUCUGAUUAUUCUAAAUGAAAACAUUACUAAACAUUGACUAUGUUUACAUGGACACCAGAAAGCGGCUUAUUGCGAGAAAGCAGCAUUCCCAUUUACAUGCAUUGUAUAAGCGGAGUACUCUCUUUACUCCUGUGUACAUCGGUUAGUAAGCAGCUUUAUCCACAGCAACGUAAUUUCCCAGCGACGCUUGUUUAAAUAACAAACAUGGCAUCUGAGGAAGGCUUUGCUAUUUUAUUCUCCAUUGCUGUGGAGAACAGAGUUGUUGCUGUGUUUGUUUCCUUAGCUUUCUAUCGCAACCUGCAGCGGAAUUGCACUGCAGUAGUGGGGUUUACCUCUUACGUAAAACUCUGGGAUUCCCUCAGUGUACAAGCACAUAAAUGCGAACGUAAGGGACAAGUAGUGUAUGCUUAUCCCACUGUACUCCCAGAAAUUUUGAAUUUUUUCUGCUGUGUUGACUGUGCUGCCCUGGAAUAAACCAUUUUCUUAAGUGCAUGUAAACAUUGUUGUGGUUUGUUUUUUGGGUUUUUGUUUGUUUGUUUCUGUUUUUCUUUUUUUUUUUUUUUUUUUGCUGGACUCAAACAUGGCUUUUGUUCAAACAACAUAUUUAAUUCUCUCCAUUGUCUUUGUAGAGAAUGCUUGUGAUUUAAAGAGAGAGAGAGAGAGAGAGAGAGAGAGGAAAUGGACUUAAUAAUGUGUAGAUUUAUGUAUAUAUAAGCGAGAAGGUUCUAGGUGAUCAGGUCUUGAAUAAUAACCAGAAAUUGUGUUAUUCGGUUUAUUAAAUAAUAAAUGAAUAAAUAUAUGCUUAUUAAAUGAAUAAAUAUAUGCUUAUUAAAUGAAUAAAUAUAUGGAAAUAGAUUACUGAUUUGAAUUGAAUCGUAUUCAUUAUGUGAGACAUAAGAGACUGCAGUUUGAUACAAAAGACGUGAAACUAGCACAACUGUGUCGAAACCAGUUCUCUGAGAAAUGAAAGAAACCAUGUCCAUGUUGAAGCAUUAGGGCUUAUCUUUAUAUGUGAAUGUUCUGGUGUUUCUUCUGGGACUUCGCUUAUUGACAAAAAAAUAUAUAAAUAUAUAUAAAAGACACUAUUUAAGCUAUUUAGCCUAAACAAGAGUUUGUGAACAAAAGUUCAGAGAAGGAGCUGCAUAUCAAGUGAUGCAUUUGUCUGAUUCAUAGUCUGUGUAAAUAGAAUCUAAAUAGGCCAAACAGGAUCUGUCAGUCUUCAAACGAGAGCUGUGAAACGUAAGUGUUAUGUACUUUCCACCGAUUCCAAAGAUGAGUGUGUACAUGUUGGUCUGUGUUUUACUGUGCUCUGCUUCGUUAUUCUAGUAUUUUCCAUGGGCACUGUGCCCUCCCAAUUAGCGGAAUGGAAAUGUAAACUUGUUGUGUCUGUCCUGCGGUAUCUCAUCUUCAUUUCUUUCCCCCGUCUCACUCUCUGUCUUCCUCAUCUUAUUACGUCCCAUCUCAUGAGCGUCUCAUCUGUGCCCUGUGAGCCUCUGGAGCCUGAUGUGUGCUCUCUGAACAAUGCUACACUGCCCUCUACUGGGCCAAAUUGUAAACAUCAGUUGGCCACAUGGCAGGGAUGGGAGAUGCAAGGUGGAUGUACAGCUUAGAUCAGUACAAUAAUGAAUUGCUCUGCACAAGUCCAGCUCUGAAGAUGGGUCAGGAAAAUGGGACAACAAGAAGAAAAGCAAAUCCUUCUGGCUGAACUUCCGAAAGUCGCAGAAAGGGGUCACAAGGCAAACGUUAAAAGGAGAUGACAUUGGUUACGUGGCCAGUGAGAUCACAAUGAGCGAUGAAGAGAGGAUCCAGCUGAUGAUGAUGGUGAAAGAGAAGAUGAUCACAGUGGAGGAAGCGCUGGCACGGUUAAAGGAGUAUGAAAGGAACAGACAGUUGAGUUCCAGUACAGACACAGCAGAGUGGACUGAUGGAUCCAGUCCCACUGUUAACCUCUCCUCCGCCUGCAAUUCUGUGGAGCAGUCUGAUGACGAGCAGGAUGACUCAGUGAAGUUCAAGAGGCUUCACAAGCUGGUCAACUCAACUCGACGUGUUCGCAAGAAACUCAUCAAAGUGGAUGAAGGCAAAAGGCAUGGCUGGCAAGAUUCUCUAAGUCUGGAUGAAACUCCCUUAUGUGACGAUUCAAAUGCACUGUACGCAGGGAUCCACAAAAAGCCGGCUCUGUGCACAGACUCCUCUUUGUCCUCCCUUGCCCAAGAACAGCUCUCUCUGGAUGGGGACAUUGAUAGCCUGACCACCUCGCCCUCCACCAGCAGCCUUGAGGCCUGGAAACCUGCUCUCAAGUUAGUGAAGGCCCCCGGCUCAUAUCCCCACGGCCUGAUCCGCCCACCACGCAAGAGCAGUGCCGGGUCUGGACUGGGUUUAGCGGAGGGUAGUGGCUCCUCUUUCUCAGAGUUGGAAGGUUUGGGAGACGACAGCACUAAAGUCUCCUGCUCAGCGACAGACGGAGAGAUGCAGAAAGCCUUGACAUCUUUGUCUCAUGGGGUAAGUACUGACAGCGUCUAUGCUUUUUACGGCCUUACCAGGCCCCGCCCAAAGCCACACCCCCUUCUGGUGUCCUUAGAUGACAUUAACAGCACCAAGCGGCCACCCGUCUCCAUGUGGCAGCGCAAUAAACCCGACCCAAACUACGCAUACUCCACCAAGCACUUGCUCUACCAGCGUUCCAGCCAUGCUCUGAAAACCAUCGCUCCCUCUUCCACUCUGCCCAACUCCCCUCCCACCCGUGAGCUUCCGUUGGCCCGAGAUAAGGGGAAAAGCUGUGGAAGCGGAAUAGUGGGCAGCUGGUUGUUUCCGCCCCGGCGUCUGAAGGGGAGGACGGCAGUUAGUGAGCUCAACAUCACGUAUGUGGUGGAACGAAGCCUGUAUGGCCACUUGAACUGGACCGGGCUGGUUCGGCCCGUCACACUGAGCAAGGCUGACCGCCGUUGGCUCCUGGAAGAAGAAAGAGAUGUGAACAGGAAGUGGGCAUCCAGCAUGGAUCGCUGCACCAAGCGCGUUCUCUUACGCAUCCAGCAGAAGUCUAGAACGUGUAGCUUUGGAGGAUUUGAUCUGUCUAAUCGUUCCCUCCAUGUGGUCAACACGGCCUCUGAGCCUAGCGAGCAGGAGACUCUGUACAGGGACGCAGUGAAAUCUCCCACCAUAUCACGUAUCUCUUUAGGGAAGAAAGUCAAGUCAGUCAAAGAGACUAUGAGGAAGCGUAUGUCCAAGAAAUACACCGGUUCUCUGUCUGAACAGUCUAGUCCAGAUGGGACGGCCAGCUGUGCUCCAUCACCUCAGCCAGACAAAGACUCUCUAGAGAAGCCCAAACUCAAGGCAGGAGGGUCUGUAGAGAGUCUGCACAGCUCCCUCAGUGGACAGAGCUCCAUGAGUGGACAGACAGUGAGCACCACAGACUCGUCAGCCAGCAACAGAGAGAGUGUGAGGAGUGAGGAUGGUGAUGAUGAAGAGCCUCCAUACAGAGGGCCAUUCUGCGGUAGAGCACGAGUUCACACUGACUUCACACCCAGUCCAUAUGACACAGACUCACUCAAGCUGAAGAGAGGAGAUGUGAUUGAUAUCAUCAGUAAGCCACCCAUGGGCACAUGGAUGGGUCUGCUCAAUAAUAAGGUGGGCACGUUUAAGUUCAUCUACGUGGAUGUGCUGGUUGAAGAAGAGGAGAAGCCCAAACGAGCAGUUCGGAGGAGGAGAAAGGGCAGGCCGCCCAAACCCACCUCUGUAGAGGAGCUACUGGAGAGAAUCAACCUGAAGGAGCAUAUGCCAACCUUCCUGUUUAAUGGGUAUGAGGAUCUGGACACAUUUAAGUUACUAGAGGAAGAAGAUUUGGAUGAACUCAACAUCAGAGACCCACAACACCGAGCUGUUCUGCUGACUGCUGUAGAACUACUGCAAGAUUAUGAUAGUAGCAGUGAUCCGGAGCGCAGCACCUUCUCUGGCUCACAGGAGAAACUCCUCUGUGAGGGGCAUGGCCUCAUGGCCAACUCUCCACGGGACUCUGGUUGCUACGAAAGUAACGAAAACCUAGAGAAUGGUAAGAGUCGUAAGGCGUCACGCCACAGCCGUGGUUCGUCUGGAUUUGACUGUGGGGGUAACAAGUCACCAGACUACCCCACUCUCCCUGUGACUCACUCCGCUGAAGCUCUUCAGCAACAGGCCAAGAAAGAACGCAAGUUCCCCAAGACCUUUCUGCCCUGGUCCAUUAAGGGCUUCAGUCUACGAAGCCUUGGUCUUAAAAAGGGCUCCAAAGCAGGACAAACCUCCCGCAUGCCAGUUAGCCGUAGCUGUGAGGAGUUAGAUGGCCCCCAGGAGACCCCUCAGUCUUGGAAGCGCUCACAUUCUCUGGGGGAUCUACACUGGGAGCAGUCUUUUGAUCAGAGGAAGGACCACCAGGACCAGAACCAAAGUGGCAGGCCUCAGAGAAGCAAAGAGGAAGUAAAGAUAGAUCAUGUAGAAUCAAAAAAGGAACAGGGUGCAGAUAAGUCUGGAAAAGAGACUGGGUCGAUGGAGAGGCCAAAAAUUCCCACAGAGCUGCUUCUUAGCCCGGUCAGACCCUUGCCUGCUGUUCAGACCUCAAACCACCAACCUGCCUCUGCCCCAACUAGCCCUGCUCCAAGAACUCACCCUAAAAAACCACCUGUUCCACCUCCUGUGCCAGCGAAAAAGUCCAAGGAACAUCUGCCGAAUGGCCUGCGCCAGCCUACGCUGGUUCUGUCUGGUUCAGUGCCAAAUACAACAACCUUACCCACAAAACCCUUACACAGCUCAGCCACUUCUUCUGAGGGUACCCCAUCAACCCCAGCAUCCUCAGUUGAGCCUGGAACUCCACCAGCUGUAAGUCCACCAUGGUUGUCUGACCUGCCUGAAUCUGCAUGUCCUCAGAUCCAUGGAACUAAAGUGGCCCUCAGCAGGAAGAUCUCUCAUGCCAAAAUGGUUGACCUGGAGACUCUGCUGGAGGAAAGGAUGCAUUCAGAAGGGAUUGACCUCACAGAAGAGCCGUACUCUGAUAAACACGGUCGAUGUGGUAUUUCUCAACUUUUAGUACAGAGAUACUCAGAGGAUUUUCAGCAGCCAGUGAAGGAUGUGGCGUCCAGUCUGGAUCAGAUCAGAGUUAAACAACUACGCAAGGAGCACCGUAUGGCUAUUCCCUCUGGAGGUUUGACUGAUAUGUGUCGGAAGCCUGUGUCUCCCGUUCAUGUGAGCUCUGUUUCUGAUUGGCUUGUGUCAAUUGGAAUGCCCAUGUAUUGUGCCCCUCUAUUGGCUGCAGGCUUUGACACUCUGGGCCAUGUGUCGUCCUUAACCGAGACAAGAGCGAGGGAGGCGGGGUUAAAGGAGGAGAAUCACAUACGUAUUCUUCUCAGUGAGGCCAAAAUAAUCACAGCCAACAGCUCAGUACCGUCAUAAUAUUCACAUGAGCCUCUAUAACUGCUAUGAUCUUGAAUAAAUGGAUUGAACUCAGCGGACCAGUAAAGGGACAAGCCUGGGACAGUAUAUCAAGAAGUCUUUUCUGGUGUUCUAUAUUGCUAAAAUCUCUUGGCCCUCUGACAUUUAUAGUGAUCUGACUUACAAGGACUGUUACUAAGGGCCUCUCAACAGAUGUUUCCAUAGAAACAUCUAGUUUUGGUCUUAAAGACUGCCUGUCAGAGAAAGCACACUUUUUUUCAGAGAAUUUAUGUUUUUGUAAGACUUUAAAGACUGUUAAACCCCUUUCUCACUUUUUCAGGAAGUGUGAGAUUUAUUUAGAAAAAUAAAUUGUAAAGGAAUUACAUUUUUAGUGCUUAUUGAAGCACAUGAAUAUCAAUAUGUCACCUGGCCAAAGCAACUUCAUUUCAUGCAGGUUGUGUUAAUAUAAUAUUACUUUUGUCUCAGAACAUAUGUAUAUCGAAUAUGUAUAUCAAAAGAUGUGUCCUUUUUGGUGAGUUAAGUAAAGGAUAUGUUUAUCAAAUUCUCAAAAGCAUGAUGUUGCCAUAUAGGCAUAUUCAGUGUAAUGCACAUUUUGAUUUCAGGCCAAUAACUGGCCGUGGUUUUAGCAAGUAUGCAUAUGUUUGUAUAGAGAGUGAUAAAACCAUUUCAAGAACCUUCUCUCUUUUCAUGAUAACAUUUUAAAGGACCGCUAUUUUAUACUAUGCUUAAGAUAAUACGUUAUAUUCACAGCACAUUUAAUCUUCCAACAGACAUCACUUACUCAACAGCUACCGUGGGAUAGCAGUUUAUUACUUUAUCAGUAAGACCAAUUUAUGUUGCCUCUGUUAUCUUGAAAAUUAAUCUCAUGCAUAUUGUGUACCUCUUAUUAUACUCCUCUCUGAUGCACCUGAUGCAUCAUACAGCUGUAAAAUACUUGCUGGAAUUAAAUUAGCUUUUUGUUUAAUUUUGCCCCGGAUUGCCUUGCACUUUGACUGGGGUGUUGAAGACAUGUUGAAUACUUAAGCUCUUUAAAGCACACAGUCUUAGCCUUAAAAUACAAGUAAACUGAAUCAAAUCAAAUCAGGAAAUCACUAACCUAGAGUCAUUUUCUGAUAUAAGGGACUUUCCAGAGACUGGAGGCGAAUAUGUUGGCUGCUUCACUGAUUAUUUAAAAGUGUAAAAAUCAGGAAGAAAGUUCCAUGAAGCGUUUAUUUAUUUUUGGAAUUAUCAGGGCAAGCUGGUUUUUGAAUCAUGUUACCAUGUCAUUAUAUGUUCAGUUGUUUUCUUUGUGAGAAAAUGAUGGUUUGAAGCUCCAGAGUGAUUCCUCCUGUGUUUAGUUAUGUCACUUCCACUCAAUAGCUCUUAUGAACAUAUGCUUCUCUAUAGGGUUAUGCAGUAUAUUUUGAUUUCAAAACAUGCUGUGCAGGUGAUGUGUAUGCAGAGAUAUUGUGAUUUCCAGAUAUUGUGAAUGAUGCAAAUAACAAGUAACUCAGUGUGUGAACAGGUAGAAUGAGGUUUUAUGUGUUAACAGUAAUGUCAUGCUCACAUAUUUACAGUAUUGCUGUAAAUCACUCCAAAUUAAGCACAACAAAGCAACUUUCUCCCAAACUCACUUAGGUUGGUUUUGAUUAGGCACACACAAAACUGAAGUGAAAAUUUUAAAUUUAGAUGCUUCUAAAGAUCUUUUUGUUUUUCAAUUCUUCCUAUAGCAGAAAUACAUGUCAAGUCAUAUUUCCACAAGGCCUUGCAGUUUUAGGAAAUUGUCUUUUUUAAUGAUCCCUUUAUAAUUGUUGUAUUUAUCCCUUGUUACACUUUUGUAUCUAACGCAGCACAAUUUAUAGAUUGUAACGCUAAAUUUUUAAUGAAACAAUUCAAAUAGCAGUAGAGAAUCAAUAGAUUCCUUAAUCCCAAAAUGGAUGCCUUCAAGUUGCUAUAAGUUGAGUGCUUUGAUAACAAUGAGGCUUUUUUAUGUAAUUGAAAAUAAAACUCUAUUACAGUAAAUGUUACUGUAACAUGCACUUUAUUAAUGAAUGAAAGUUGAUUUUAAUUCCAUUGCAGAGAAAAUGAACUUACAAACUGAUUUUUUCAAUUGUAAGCAGGUGUUUGUUUUCAGGUCAUAUGCUAAAGGUUGAAACGGGCUGUGAUGGUCACUGACAAGAAUUGUUUAAAUAUCAAAUCUCUGUUAAAAAUGUAAUCACUCAUUAAUUAAUAAAAGAACUAACCAUGA